UCAUUCAGUAUGUUCAAAGAGUGUCCACACCCAGACGAGAAGCAACGACUGGAACUAAGUAAGAGACUUUGCUUAGAGACAAGACAAGUCAAGUUCUGGUUCCAGAAUCGUCGCACUCAGAUGAAAACACAAUUAGAGAGGCAUGAGAACGCAUUGUUGAGACAAGAGAACGAUAAGCUAAGAGCUGAGAACAUGUCGAUUCGUGAAGCAAUGAGGAACCCAAUCUGCACCAAUUGCGGUGGACCUGCCAUGCUCGGUGAUGUCUCUCUCGAAGAACACCAUCUCCGUAUCGAAAACGCUCGUUUGAAAGACGAGCUAGAUCGCGUCUGUAACCUCACCGGUAAAUUCCUCGGCCACCACCACCAUCACUACAACUCCUCCCUCGAACUCGCCGUCGGCACCAACAACGGAGGAAACUUCGCUUUCCCUCCUGAUUUCGGCGGUGGCGCUUGCUUGCCUCCGCCGCAACAGCAGCAGCAGCAGACGGGGAUCAACGGGAUUGAUCAGAAGUCAGUUUUGCUGGAGCUGGCUUUAAACGCCAUGGAUGAGUUAGUGAAGCUCGCUCAUAGUGAAGAACCGUUAUGGGUCAAAAGCUUAGACGGUGAGAGAGAUGAGCUUAACCAAGACGA